UAUUUCUCUUACCACUUUCCUCCUCCCCUCUCACUUUCACACGCUCCCCCAAAAUCCCUAGAAAAAAACCUCUUCCCUCCACCCAUCUUUCUCUCUCCUCAAGCUCCACCACCACCCCCAUUCUCAAAACCCUCCUCCCAAUUCUUCUUCUCCACCCAUUUUUCUCACCAGAUCUCAAAACCCACCAUCUUACAUUCUCAAUCUCUAAAACCCAAAAAGCUUACAGAUAAAACUACUUGUUGCCUGCUGGUUUAGCUUCAGAUGUCUCAUGUGAGAUGAAGAAGACGACCUUUGCACAGCAUUUCUUCUCCAAUCCUUCAUUUAUCAUUCUUUUCUUGGUUUUCAACUUGUUUAAUUGUUGCUACUGUGAGCACAUUAGAUUCGAGGUCUCUAACAAUGGCCGUCUUUCUGAUACUGAAGUCAUGUACAUCAAGCAUAGACAACUCUUAUACUACAGAGACGAGUUCGGUGACAGAGGCGAGAAUGUGACGGUCGACCCAUCUCUCGUUUUCGAAAACCCAAGACUCCGAAAUGCUUACAUUGCUCUACAAGCAUGGAAGCAAGCCAUUCUCUCUGAUCCCCAAAAUAUCACUGGGAAUUGGGUUGGAUCUGAGGUCUGCAACUACACCGGAGUUUUCUGUGCUUCGGCGCUCGAUGACCCUUCAAUCCAAACAGUCGCCGGCAUUGACCUCAAUCAUGGCGAUAUCGCCGGCUACCUCCCGGAAGAGCUUGGACUGCUUACAGAUCUUGCAUUGUUUCACAUCAAUUCAAACAGGUUUUGUGGAACUGUGCCGAAAAAGUUCAAGGACCUCAAGCUCUUAUUCGAGCUGGACCUGAGUAACAACAGGUUUGCCGGAAAAUUCCCUUAUGUUGUUCUUCAAUUACCGACUCUGAAAUUCUUAGAUCUUAGGUUCAAUGAAUUUGAAGGAGGUGUUCCCAGUGAGCUUUUCGAUAAGGAUUUGGAUGCCAUUUUUAUAAACCAUAACAGAUUUUCCUUCGAAUUACCCGAUAAUUUUGGUAAUUCACCGGUGUCUGUAAUUGUUUUAGCCAAUAACAAGUUCCAUGGCUGUGUUCCGGCGAGUCUCGGAAACAUGGCUGAUACCUUGAACGAGAUAAUAUUGAUGAACAAUGGGUUCCGGUCAUGUUUGCCACCGGAAAUUGGGUUGUUGAAGAACUUGACAGUGUUUGAUGUGAGUUUCAAUGAGCUAAUGGGUCCCUUGCCGAAGGCCAUUGGAGGAAUGGUGAGCUUGGAACAGCUCAAUGUGGCUCACAAUAUGCUUUCCGGUGCAAUUCCGGCGAGUAUUUGUAAGCUUCCGAGGCUUGAUAAUUUCACGUUUUCGUAUAAUUUCUUCACCGGAGAGCCGCCGGUGUGCUUGUCCUUGCCGGGCUUUGAUGAUCGGAGGAAUUGUUUGCCGGCCAGGCCGGCACAAAGGUCAGCUGCUCAGUGUAAGGCUUUCCUGUCGAAGAAAGUUGAUUGUGGUGCAUUCAGGUGUAAGCCUUUUGUUCCUACUUUGCCACCACCCCCGCCACCUUCUCCACCGAUUCCAGUGCCUGCGCCACCUGUUGUGGUGCCGUCUCCGCCCCCACCUCCUGUUUUUUCACCACCUCCACCACCACCACCAAUUAUCUCACCACCCCCUCCGCCACUUUCUCCACCGCCCCCAGUGUACUCGCCUCCACCUCCGCCACCUUCUCCACCACCACCUGUUUAUUUACCGCCACCUCCUCCGCCUUCUCCACCUCCACCAUUAUAUUCACCGCCCCCUCCACCAGUUUAUUCACCACCUCCGCCUCCACCCUCGCCUCUCCUUUCAUCUCCACCACCUCCGUCGCCAUCUCCGCCUUGUCUCAGCCCACCACCACCACCUCCUCCAACACAUUCACCACCUCCCCCACCACCCGUUCCCUACUAUAAUUCACCACCACCGCCACCUCCACAUUCACCGCCUCCACCGCCUGUUUAUGUCUAUUCAUCCCCUCCCCCACCUCCUGUUCAUUCUCCACCACCACCAUCACCGCCACCUUGUAUAGAACCGCCACCACCACCCCCUCCUUCCCCACCACCACCAUGUGAAGAAUACUCACCACCACCACCUUCACCAUCCCCACCACCUCCAGUUAUUUACUUGCCACCCCCAUCUCCAUCCCCACCCCCACCACCAAUUCACAAAUCUCCACCACCUCCGGUAUAUGCCUCUCCACCUCCACCACCACCAAUUCACUACCAUUCUCCACCCCCACCAUCUCUGCCACCACCAAUUCACUAUUAUUCUCCGCCGCCACCACCGGUACAGUACCAUUCUCCACCCCCUCCUAUCCCAUGUGAAAAUCCACCACCUUCACCGCCACCACCAAUCUAUGGAAGUCCACCCCCUCCCACUCCGGUCUAUGAAGGACCAUUGCCUCCAAUAUUUGGAGUUUCAUAUGCUUCUCCUCCACCCCCACCCUUUUAUUAAUUCUUUUGAGAAUUUUCCUCUUUACCCAUCCUCGAAACAGAUACAAAACCUACCAAUUCAGCAGCCUUCGUUAUUUCAAUUUCCUGUGUCUUUUUUCUUCUCCGUGGGAUCAUUUUGAAUCUCAUGGGCACCGCAAUCUCUCAUCAUCUGGAUGAGAAUAGAUCAAAGAAGAAAUCCAGAGUGUUUGUGCCGGGAACUUGUAUUUUAUUAUUGAGAAAAUGUUAAUUGUCCAUGUUGAAGAAACAGAGGGGAGAAGAAGUGGCAAGGAAGCGAGAGGAGGAUGUAAGAGGAGAAAGUCUCUUUCCCAAUAUUUAUUUGAAUUGAUAUGGAUAUAAACUUGAGUUGUGGAAAUAAAUUGGCAGAGAAAGAGAAAGUAGGUUGCAGAGAAGUGUAUGUAUAGUCCAUAAUCAGUGCUUUUGGGUUCUGGUUUGUGGGUUUAUUGUUAUUAUCUCUUCUUAUAUCAUACUUUUGUUUCUAAUUUUGCUUUCAAAUUCAUAGUAUAAUCAUGAACAUUUUACUUGUAUUGAUUUUCCAGAAUUCAGACCUCUUUUCACUGUGUG